CGCGACACCAAUAAAGCAUCAUGGCAGGACGAAGAACAAGAGCUAGCUCUCGCACACCGAAGAAAGAGGUUAAAGAAGAAACCAAACAAGAGAUUACGGAAGAACCUAUGCAAGGAGAAACCGUCCCAACUGGUGAUAUUCAGCUAGAGCAGGUUAAAGCAGAGGUUGGCUCAGACAAGGAGAAUCCACCACAAAAUCAGCAAACUGUAGAAUCAGACAAUAUGGAUGCCGAUGGAGAUGUCACUAUGGAGACAAGAAAGCGUCCAAUAGAGGGAGAAGUAGAAGACAGUGGUGAUGAGCCGAAAAAGAAAAAGAAGAAGAAGAAGUCAUUGGGGCCACAGAUACCAAAGAAUGCACUAAUGCAACUGAAUGAAAUUAAACCUGGGCUUGAGUUCAAGUUGAUGGGACAGACUGGUCCUGUACAUGCUCCUGAGUUUGUCAUGUCUGUAGAGGUCAAUGGGGAAACCUUUGAAGGAACAAGCUCCACAAAGAAGAAAGCUAAACUUGUCGCAGCUGAAAAGGCCCUGAAAUCAUUUGUCCAAUUUCCUAAUGCAGCUGAGGCAUAUCAAGCUAUGGGUGGCCAGGUCACAGGCGGAGACUUCACUAAGGACGUUGCUGACCCUAGUAGUGAUCUGCUAUUCAGGCAAUUUGAUGGCGAACAGAUGGAAGAAAAUGGGACCAAUGGUACGAUUCGAGUCAAUGGAAACACUCCGGGAGCCAAACGUGCCAUCCAGCCCACAGCAGGGAAGAACCCAGUGAUGAUUCUAAAUGAGAUACGUCCAGGGACCAAGUAUGAUGUUCUGUCUGAGACUGGGGAGAGCCACGCCAAGAACUUCUGCAUGUCUGUUACUGUAGAUGACCAAACCUUCCAGGGAACUGGGCGGAACAAGAAAUUGGCAAAAUCUCGCGCAGCACAAGCUGCUCUAGCUAAAAUCUUCAACGUUGAAUUCCAAUCUGCACCAGGGCAGGAAGCAGUCCUAGCUGAGGGGGGUGAUGAUGCGUCCCUACAUCUACCCCAAGUGCUGGCAGACAAGGUUGCUGACCUUGUAAUCCAAAAAUUUUCCGAGCUUACAGACAACAUGUCAUCUUCAUAUGCCCGCCGUAAGGUCCUGGCAGGGAUUGUCAUGACAACGAGCGAUACAAUGGAUGAUGCCCAAGUGAUCAGUGUCACAACUGGUACAAAAUGCAUCAAUGGCGAGUAUAUGAGUGAUCAGGGAAUGUCUUUGAAUGACUGUCACGCUGAGAUUCUGUCUGGCCGUUGCUUACGACGUUUCUUCUAUCAACAACUUGAGAUGCAUGUCAACCCAGAGCAAGCUGCACAGUCUAUCUUCCAACCCCGUCCUGAGGGUGGAUUCAAACUGAAAGAAAACAUUCAGUUCCACUUAUACAUCAGUACCUCACCCUGCGGUGAUGCGAGAAUCUUUGCGCCCCAUGUUGACACCACUCCAGACAGACACCCGAAUCGCAAGGCCAGAGGGCAGCUGAGGACCAAGAUUGAAUCUGGUGAAGGAACGAUACCUGUACAGGCGAAUGCUAUGGUUCAGACCUGGGAUGGGGUCCUCCAGGGGGAGAGGCUUCUCACUAUGUCUUGUAGCGACAAGGUAGCUCGCUGGAAUAUCCUAGGGGUACAGGGUGCCUUACUGAGUCAUUUCAUAGAGCCUGUUUACUUCAACAGCAUCAUUCUUGGUAGUCUCUACCAUGGUGAGCAUCUCUCCCGGGCUGUCUAUGCUAGGGUAUUGGCAAACGACACAGGAUCCUGGCCAGGAAGUUUCCGCAUUAACCGACCUCUGUUGAGUGGUAUCACUAACCAGGAAUCCCGGCAACCUGGUAAGGCCCCUAACUUUGCUGUUUUAUGGGGAUUUGGUGACCCAGCCUUGGAGGUAGUGACAGCCAUGACGGGGAAAACUGAAUCAGGCAGUCCAGCCUCAGUGUGUAAAUACUCUCUCUUCAAGAGGUUUGCUGAGCUUUAUGGGUGUAUUCCAUCGAUAAAAGGUCAGGGUGUCGAACGGCCACGUACCUAUGCUGAGUGCAAGACAAGCAUGUUGGACUAUCAGCUGGCGAAGCAGCAGUUGUAUAAGGCAUUCAAUGCCAAUAAGCUCGGUAGUUGGGUAGAAAAACCCAUCGAACAGGAUCAGUUUGAGCUGGGUAGCGAAACCAGUUGAGCUGGUUUGUGUCCUAGUUCUAAUUCCACUGAUCUCACGUCGCUCUGACGUCGUAUGAAAUUCACAGCUUCCGAGUGCAAUCGUGAGGUCUGGAGAUUAGAACUGGCUCAAACCUGUUUCAACCGGUUGCUGACUGUCAGUUUCAAUUUCACGCAAAGACGUACACGCUUUUAGGAUAUUAAUCCAGAUGGCCCAUAGAGCAUGCACACGUUAAUUCAGGUAGUCAUAGAUUGGAAUGAAGCAUGUACAUGGGGACCAGAACUUUUUGAUCAUGUACAGUGCAAAUCAAAGCUCACCUAGCAUUUUAGGUUAAUUUUGAUGUGUACUGUAUCAUCUUCCUGAAUUUUUUUUUUAAGAAAUAUAACUGCAUAGUGUAGAAGAAAUCACGCAAAGAUGCUUUACUUUAGACCUUUUGGUCACAUAUUGUACCAGCACUUAAUAUUGCUUUCAUAGUCAAGCACCAAGCAGGUAUACAACAGUAAAUUUACAGAUUUUAGUAUGGACACAAGAAGGGUUGACUCCCAGUGUUCUAACUCGAUAUUCGACCUUGACCUU